AUGGCCCAAGCUGCCGUACCUGACACCAAAUUCUCUAGCAACACGGAUCCCACUCACAUUGAUAUUCCGAACAUCCAGCAAACCACUUCGCACGAUCCCGCAGUGGAAUGUCAAUACUAUCAAUCCAAUUUUACCAUCAACAAGGCCGAAUGGCCCACCAACUGGGAUAUUGCUACCAGCAACGGCAUGAACACAUCUGAAGAGUUCCAAAAACUGUAUAACUCCAUUGACUGGACCAAAGCACCCAACAUCCCUGUGCGAUCCAUGACUCCCGACGGUGGUUUGAACAUGCAAGGCUACGAUAACGCCAAAGAUCCCGAUUGCUGGUGGUCCGCCAGUCAAUGUGUGAAGCCCAAGAUUGAAGGUGUCAAUGCCGAUAUUUACGCUUGUCCUGAACCGGAAACGUGGGGUUUGACUUUUGAUGAUGGUCCCAAUUGCUCUCACAAUGCCUUUUACGAUUAUUUGGAACAAAAUAACCAAAAGGCUUCCAUGUUCUACAUUGGUUCCAAUGUCAUCAACUGGCCUUACGGUGCUCUCCGCGGCUUGAAGGAUGGUCACCACAUCUGUGGUCACACUUGGUCUCACAAGAUGAUGACGACAUUGACUAACCAAGAAGUGCUCGCCGAAUUGUACUAUACUCAAAAAGCCAUCAAAUACGUUACUGGUAUUACUCCUCUUCACUGGCGUCCCGCUUUGGGUGAUAUGGAUGAUCGUGUUCGAUGGAUUGCUACACAGUUAAACUUGACGGCUAUUCUUUGGAACCUGGAUACGGAUGACUGGGCUGCGGGCACAACACCUGGUGUGACGGCUGAUACGGUGAAUGGCCACUACCAAGAUUUCAUUACCAUGGGAAAGAACGGUAGCUUUGCCAACAGCGGUAACAUUGUGUUGUCGCAUGAAAUUAAUAACAUGACGAUGGAUUUCGCUAUCAAGCAUUACCCUGAAAUCAAGAAUGCAUACAAGCAUGUCCUUGAUGUAGCCACCUGCAUGAAUAUCUCCCAUCCAUAUCAAGAAGAUAUCAUCACUUUCCCCAGCUUUGAUCAGAGUGUCAACCAGAACAUCAAAUCGGCCACCGGUUCCGGUAUCAUGCCCGGCGCUUCAGGCACUUCCAGCGAUGGUACCACCCUCACCGCCUUCAAUGCUCCUCUUUUCAUCGCAGCCAUUUUUGGUCUCUUCGUUUUUGUUUAA